AUGGCAACUUUUCAUUAUUGUAUAGAAUGUAAUAAUAUGCUUUAUCCUAAGGAAGAAAAAUCUCAAAAACGACUUUUAUAUGCCUGUCGAAACUGUGAUUACAGUGAAGUUGCAAAAAAUCUCUGCGUUUUUAGGAAUGAGCUCCGUUCUUCUUUAGUAGAAACAGUCGGUGUAACAGCGGAUCUUGGAUCAGAUCCUACAUUACCAAGGAGUAAUAAAGAAUGUCCAUCAUGUCAUGGACGAGAAUCAGUCUUUUUCCAAUCACAAGGAAAAGGUACAGAAACAAAGAUGGUAAGACCAUGCCAUAGUUAG